CGGACCUGCUGUGAAGCACGUGUUAAAGAAAAUGCACGUGCACUGGUUUGGGUAUACAGAGGCACGCGCGCAGCAACAGAUGGUGGCCGGGAGAUAUUGGGGAUUGUAGCACAUCGUUAGUAAUGGCGGAGGAGAGUCAGUGUAUGUUACCUUCCCGAAUGAAUUAGCAGGGAGGGAGUGAAUUAGCAACGUCAUACUUCCCAGUUUUUUUGUGGGUUCUUCUGAGGGACGGAGCAUUUGCUAAAACAUAAGUGAAGGCGUGCGCUGUUUGUAAUCAAUCGGAAAAGCGGACGCAAAGCACUACUGACAGAUGAGUGUUUACGGUCCUUCAACUAGUGUAAGUGGGGGUAACAUUGUGGGAGUCGAAUCAACCUCCAUCCAGAACGUACUACUCAUUAAAUCAAAUCUGUAGGCUAAAGAACGUUCAUUAUACGCGCCCGCACCUCACCACAACUGAAAGACAGUCGUAGCAGAACAAAGUUAAGUUGCAGGAAACACUGAAGCCGCUGGAAUGCAAACCAAUAAUGGUAAUGCUGUAAUGUCUGCCUGACAGGUAGUGGGGCUAGAUCCAUCUUCUGAGUUUAUGAUUAGCGGCUGCUUGGAAACCUAUCACAAAUUCCAAAAUGCAGAAAAUGCUCCCCGCCCGAGAGGCGGCCAAGAUCUACCACACUAACUACGUGCGCAACUCCCGGGCCAUCGGGGUGCUUUGGGCCAUCUUUACUAUCUGCUUUGCCAUUAUUACAGUGGUGUGCUUCAUUCAGCCCUACUGGAUCGGGGACAGCAUCAAUACGCCCCAGGCGGGAUACUUCGGGCUUUUCCACUACUGUAUUGGUAAUGCCCUCACCUCGGAACUUAUUUGCAAGGGCAGUGCCCUGGACUUUGGCUCUAUCCCCUCCGGAGCAUUUAAGACUGCUAUGUUUUUCGUGGGCAUCUCCAUGCUACUGGUUGUGGGCUGCAUUGUAUGUUUUGGACUAUUUUUCUUCUGCAACUCUGCCACCGUGUACAAGAUCUGCGCCUGGAUGCAGAUGGCAUCAGCAGCUGGACUAAUAAUGGGCUGCAUGAUUUAUCCAGAUGGAUGGGACUCUGCAGAAGUGAAACGAAUGUGUGGUGAACAGACAGACAAGUAUACACUGGGAGCAUGCUCAGUACGUUGGGCCUACAUCUUGGCAAUCAUCGGUAUUCUCGAUGCACUCAUCCUUUCCUUCCUGGCCUUUGUUUUAGGAAACAGACAGGAUAAUCUCCUCCCAGAAGACUUUGAAAUAGAAAAUAAAGAACCUACAAAUGCAUAGAAGUCCACAAGAAACAAGGAUUAAAUAAACAAAGUUAACAGAAGUUCUUUUGUUAGCAGUAUUUAACAACCGGAGCAUACAGAACAAAGAAUGCACAACUUUGCAACAAGAUCUGAGGGGAAUCCUCAAUAUUUUUGUUGGAAAUAGCCUGAUUCAGAUUGUGCAAACUGUCUGUGCACGGGAGGAAUACAGUUAGCUUCCUUUCAGAAGUAUAUCACUAUGUGUAUCUUAAGCUCAUGUGAAAAAAAGACAACAAGAGAUGGAUGGUCUGUUGUUUCAAACCUUUUGCAGCAUACAAUUGUACUUAAGAACCAAAUUAAGAACAUGAGCUGUUCCAGAAUACUGCAGAAAGACAAUAUGAUAUAAUGUUAUUUUAUCCUGUUUACAGCAAUUGAACUGUAAAGGUUAGAACUUGAUGAAAUGUGGAGAUGCACACUGUGAUUUUGUUGACUUGUUUAGAGUUAUGAACAAAAUGCUUAAUUUGGUAGACGAGAACAGGGAAUCAUUACAUCUCUUGUCUGAGCUCUGUCUGAAAACUAAACAGUCCUCUAUUCAGUCUGGACUGUAUGAAGGCACAAUUAAGUGUUUUUCAUGGUGGUGUUCUCCAUGCAGAAUCUCAUUCAUACAUGUACCUAUUCAUAUUAGACAGCAAUAAGCUCUGCACUGCAUUAGAUCAGGUGCCUCCGUGGGGAUAAUUUUAUCUUCAGGAAAAGAUGGUGGUCCUUUAAAACCUACAAAGGCUCUUCCCCCUUUGGUAUUAAUGCUUAGGGGCUUCUAAGAACUCAGCUCCUGUGGCCCUUUUCCACAUCUGAAGUGUCUGUUCCAUAAAUCUGUGUAAAGUCUAUGGAACUUUGUCCUGUUGACUGUUUCCAAACCUUCUGCAACUACUACUUACAGACUGUGUUAGACUUGCAGUUACCUCCCACAUCAUCUGGUCCACCUUCCACGACUUCAUGCAUUUUCAGUCAGCUCUACCACUAUCCAGAAUUCCUGCCACACAGUUAUUUUCUGAAGCUUUUGCUAUAUACACUGUUAGGUCCUACAGCAUCUGUCAUAUUUAAUGUGCCCUGCAUCACAACUGUAACUACCCUACAGUCUCUGCAAUAGCUGCUACUACUUCUUAUAUGCAGCCCUCUGGCAAAGCUACCAUUUCCUUGUAUAUCUCUAUUAAAUUUACAGUUACUCCCCACAACUUCUGCGAGAUACUGUUACUUCCUAUAUUCUGUACUGUACUAACCACUGUGUCCUAUAGGCUCUCCCAAACCCAGCACUGCCUCUAACAUCCUCUAUGAACUCUACCAUUAUGCUGUAGUGACUGCCAAACGUACCACUACUUUGUGACCUUUACCAGACAUGAUAUAUAUUCUUUAAGUACCAGUUGUAUGAGGCGAGCCUCAGCCUAGAUUAGGUACAGCUCAUUGCUGAAACAUCAACCCUGAGAGUGGGAGGUUAUGGUACAUGCCACACACAGUACUAGUAAUAGAGAGUGCCAAACUCAUGAUCCUGUCAGUCUGCCCCAACCACUGAAUGAGCAUAUCUCCUGCAGAUAGAGGGAGGAAAAAACAAAUAUCUGACACCUACAGUCUCCUUUACCUGCCGGGCUUACAGGAAUCAGCAACUGGGACUGGGUGGAGGAGCCAUCCAUGCACAGAGAAAUGGAGAGAUGGUCCUCUCCUAGUAGAAGGCAGAGAAGAGAGAAUAGAAUCUCAAGGCUGAGUUGUGAAACACAGAAAUACCAGAAGAAGCCUAGCUGGUAGAGUCACAGUUGUGACAAUAAUAACAAAUUGGCCAGAAUGCCACUUGUCUGCAGUGGAGCUAUUUUGAAGCAAGCACUGGAAUAUUCCACCUCUAAUGGAGCUGGUUUUCACUACAGAAUUAGACAAUGGCAGUGAGCUGCAGAGGAUAUUAAGAUGGCAGUCCACCUAGAAAGGGCUUACCUGGUGACUGCAAGUAUAUUCCUUAUUACAGCAAAGGUGAAGAAAGCUGUUUUCAUCUUUUUAAACUCAAACACUUGCCUCAAGUUAUACCUGGGGUGGUGAUGAACAUCCAGAAUACGAAAGGCUAUGUCUUUCUUCUGGUUUCUGCUUAGGUGAAGACAACAGAGAGAUGAAUGGACAACUUCAAAGCAAAUUCAUAACCUACUUUUCAGGAGGAAAUUUGGUUUAGGACCAUAAAAUCCAUAUGAAAGGUCAGAUAAGAUUCCGUCACAUGAAAGCCUACAACUCUGAGAUCCUGCAGGCAGACGGCAUAAUUACCAAAAAAAAUCAGUAUCCUAGAAACUGAAACUAAUGCAGCCAAAGCAGUUGCUUUGAAUGGGAGUCUGGCAAGUGUGUAGGCCAUGAAUCUCAAAUCCCACAUUGGGGGGAGGGGGGGUCUUCAAAGUUGUGAAGAGAUGCAGCAUUUCAGACACAAUUUAUCUAUUUAUUUAUGUAUUUUACAUUUGUUAACCGGGUUGGCCCAACUGGCCCAUUUUCAGUGGACCCCAGAGGAGAAAAGCUCCAGUACAUGACAAGCAUUAUGAAACAAACAUUUUAAACAGUACAUAGCUUGAAAUAUACAUUGAAACAAUAAACUGAAACAUAAGUUAAUACAUAGAUUGAACAUACAUUGAAGCAUAAGUUGGUACAGCAGUUAGCUGAGUGAGGCAGAGAUAUAAAAUAGCAGAUAGAUUCAUAGAUGCAUCCUGACUGUGGUCUAACUAAGCUGCAAGUUAUACAGGGACCUCAAAUGUUAGAAUAAUUUGAAAACUGACCUGCUGGGGCAUUACCGGGUACUGUUUCACAUAAAUAGAAAUUUUUUUCACCUGCCAGAGUAUGUCUGCAUGAUGAAAGUAUGCCUGGCAGUUUUAAUCACUUCUGACUUCAGCUAGAAGGUUCAGUGGGAUCACAAGGCCUACAGCUGGUGCCAUCCUGACUGAGGAGGCCCCCCUUGGCUAGAACCAGUAGAUAUUUCUGUAUCAGUAGGGAACUGAGAGCCUAAAACUUUAGACUUCUUGGUCACCAGUCUUCUCUGAAUUUUGCAGUUACUGUGGAAUUAGAAAGGAACAAAAGGAAGGCGUACAGAUAUUUUUCCACAACAGGAGACACGCAUUCACUGCAAACUCUGCUUUGGGCUGCUGCUGUGAUUAAAAAAAGAUGGGGAGAACUGCAUUUUUCUAAGUGGCAAAAUGAGGCUUCUCUAAUGGAGCAUAGGGUCAGAAGAAUUGCAUGCAGCACUGAAUGGUUGAUAUAGAGUCAUUACUCUGUGCCUUGACCUGUGGUGGGUGCAUUGAAAGUAAUGCAAGACCUGCAUGACAAUUAGUGGGAGCUGUCUACUACUUUGGAAUACAGUGACAGUGGCCUGACACCAGUAGUAGAUGUGUGAGUGCAUGUUGGCUCUGCAGCCAUUAACAGCUCUCAGUCCAGUGCAGUACCUGCAUACACAGACAUGAGGCAAUAGUAGGUGUAUUAGGUGUUGUAGGAAGUAACAUCAGGUCCAGCAGAGACUGCAGGAAACAUAAAUGGCAAUUAUCAAGAGAGUCUGAGCUUGGCUCACCUGCUGCAGCCUCACCAGACUGUCACAUUCAUGACCUGCUGGGAUCUCUCCACAGACCGGAAUGAUUGAACUAGACAGUGUCUAACUCUAUGCCUGUGAAGGCUGUCCUCUGGGACUUGAUCAAAUAGAACUUCUUCCCUGUUUAUGCCACCCACACCCAGCAAAUACUGUCACAGGUGUGUCUGACUCCAGGAAAACACAACCAAAGAGUCUUUCAGUAGAGCCUGUAACAGCUAGUCAUCCUGAUCGUGGAACACAUGAAGUUCCAUCUCAUAAUGCUUCAUCCAUUAUGGCAAGCACAAUGGAUACACUGUGGGUGCUGAAUAAACUCCAGAGGCAAUUUGCAUCUUAUCAUGUUCAAAAGUUUAACAACCUACAUUUACACUUGUCAUAACUCUAGUCAAGUGUUUUAUUCAUCUUUCAUCUGAUCCCCACUCUGUGAGACAAAGGACUUUUAACUUGGUACAUUUAUAUUUGUAUUUACAGCAGCAACUUUUAUAAGAUUCAGUUGUACAUAUAUGUAAUCUCAUAUCCCUAUACUGGAUUUUCACACUAUUUUGCAUCUCUCUGCAUUAGUGAUGUCUAUCAGUACCAUCUCUCUUUAACUUGUUUUAACAAUGUGCUCCCAAGCUGAGCCUGAAAAUGGUUCACUAGGCUCAGAAGAUGUACAGGGGUUAUCAAGUUUAAAGAAAUAAACAAACUGGUGCCCACACAGAAUAAAUCAAACAACUUCCUGUAUGAAACUCUUGUCAGUGAUGUAACAAAGUUCAUGUCCAGUGAAACUACCCAGGUGUCCUGCAUAACAGGAGGAAUGACCAUCUGGAAACUGACAUCUCAGAUGUGUCCAAUGUGGCCAUUGAAGUCUGCAAGGACUAGGACAGAACACAUCCUCUGUUCCAUCAAAAACAGAAAUAGGUGUGAAUAGAACUCCUAGCCUAAUUCUAAUUGGGGGGGGGGUAUGGCCUUGAUGAAUAAAGUCUGGGCCUGGAUCAAGAGCUCUGCAGAGAGACUGAUCUCUUAGUACAGCUAUUUCUGGAAGAGAACCCAAGUGCUCUAACAUGUGGUUGACCAUGACCACAUCCACAGUCCACUUUUCUCUUAUGGUGGCUUGGGACAGACCUGGAGAACCUUCCUCGUAAUGUCUAGCCACAAACUGUAGUUAUGGCUGCAAGUUAUAUUCUUGGUUAACCUUAGCAGGCACUGGAGAGUGCACAACCAUGUGAUACUUAUGUGCCUUCUGUAAUCUUCAUACAUGAGGAAGUUAUCUAAUCCUAAUUGAGUUGAUACAGGGGGCUGAUUGUGAGCUAAAAGAAGUUCUCAGCAGUGGAGAACACCUCAUUCUCUUUACUUAGGUCAGCCAUUAAGUCCUGACAAAAUUGGCCAAAUAAAAUCUCCACUCUUGAAUGGGGCAUCUAAGUUAGAAUCCAUGGCCUCUCUUCAAAGAGAAUAGCGUCAGCCAGACCGUCCUAUGGAGAAACAUGACUUAGCCGGCAGGCCUAACUAUAGUUUCAUCCCAGUCAGAAUUACACCAGACUGCAUGGAAGCCAUUCCUAGCUGCUUUUAACCUACUCCUUCUCACUGGUCCACUUGGGAAAAUUGGAAUCUGAAUUGGUGAUUUGAAUAGUUUGGGGCUCUAAGCCACCUUGUCUACCAUAUCUAAUGCUUUAGACUCCUUAUCUGUGGCAGUCUUUUAAAACAAUGAAGGUAUGUAGGCUCUUUGUACUGGGUAGAGAAAAUCACAGAGAAGGCAGUCUAAGGAUGGCUGCACAAGAUCUUAUUUAAUAAAGCUAAGAGCCUGUAGAAAGAGAAUCUGCUUUCUUAACAGCGAUAGAAGCAGAGUCUGAGUGUUUUCAGGAUGCACAUGUGGCAUCCCUGAUAGCUGUCUAUACACAGGAAUUGAUCCAAGGCAGCUGUCUAUACACAGGAAUUGAUCCAAGGCACCUCCACCACACAUAUUCAUUUAGAUAUUUUUGAUGGGAAAGAAUAUGGGCCACAAUCCAUUCCACAGAGUGCAUUAUGAACCUCAAAGGGAGGGGUCAGCUAGCAGUAGAUGCAGAGUGUUGAGGCAUCACUCUAUUUAUAUUUCUCAGAGGUAAACUCUAGGUCCUUACACGAACAGGAAAUGAACAGAUUCCAGCAAAUCAUAACAGGCUCAGCAAGAACAUGUUCAUACAUGGCUAAUGAGUGUGGGGGUGAGCAUUUGUUAGAUGCAUUCUUGUUAAUGGUCAGCUAAGAUCUAGAGCUGGUUAAUUGCCUACUAGUGGUGACUGCGUUGGGACAUGAGUUGCCUUUGCCAGUCUCUUUGGUUAUAUCAAGCAGUGUGUUCUUUAAAGGGAGAUGCUACCCCCCCCCAAGAAAAGGUCCCACCAGACUUCUGACAUCAGCUUGAAAUUAAAAGCCUUAACCAGGGCCUCUAGGGCAAAAGAACCUUUGGACCAUCCUUUUUCACAGGCCACUGUUUCCCAAAGUUCUGGGAAGGAGACUGGGGGAGCAGAGUCCUCAGCCUAUAGCUACACCAGUUCAAGGAAGUGACUUCAUGGAAUUUUUAUCCAGGAUCUGGCCAGUAGCAAGAGUAUUCUGGCUGAAUGGCCCAUGCAAUAGCAGCACCUUCACGGCCCAGGAUACCCUUCUCAAGGUGAUACCUGGAGAUGCACUUUCUUUGGGCCCCUUGCCCUCCUGGGUAGAAACAGAGAAGCAAACAAGCUUCUGUUCUUUUAGAAGAAGCUUGUAAUGCUCCAGGACAGGAUGGCAAUUUCAAAAUUGGAUUUGACUUUUGAAAGGUUUAACUGAGGCUUACAUUUCAUAUCCCUUGUUUUCUGACAGAGGUUUAGCAGACAUAUGGGGCUGUGGGUGGGACUCAUCUCCUGAUCACCAUGAGAUGAAUCUUCUGCUGCCACCAUCUCCUUGCUGUAAAGUAGGUUAUUGUUCUAAUUUUUGCAGGUAACUGGGCUGAAUCUCUGGAACUUAGCAUCAGUGUUUUACAUCAUGUUCCUCUCCCAGGCAUUAGAGAUAAUUUCAGAGAUUAUGUCUUGGAACAUUAUUUGUCUGCCAUAAGGACACUUAGAAACUUUCACUAUAGGCAUUGAACACAGGGGGCAUCACUGUGGCUUAGUGCUUAGAGCUCUGGCUCACAGCACCAGGUUCUGGGGUUCAGUCCUGACAUGUACUCAGUCUGCUGAAGUCUGUAUACUCUCCUCUUGUGUACAUGCAUUUUCCUCCAGGACCCUCUGUUUCUUCCCAUCAACCAAAAACAUGCUACUGUAAUUUUGCAUAUGGGAUGGGUCACAGCUGUAAAGGGGUCCAUGAACCAAAAUACUUACCUGGUUAACAAAUAGUAGAAUAAAAUAAAAUAAAAUAAAAUCAAUGAGGAUUGUGAUUCAUAAAGUGUAAAUGGAUACACAUAUAAAGCAGGCUGAGGAGUUAGGUACCGUCUUAAUGAGUGGCAUCAUGGUAUGGCCAGGUGUGUGGGACAUGCCCUCCCAAGCACAAGAACCCAAGAAAAUCAUUCAGAACUGGAAAAGAUGGAAGGAUGAAUCAGUUCACAGACUAAUAUGGUUUGCCUUAUUUUCUUGAAAUGUGAUUCUGGGACAAUGACCUAUACAACAUCCUUAGAUUGUGCAGUUAGCUGUUUUGGGAAGGCAGCAGCUGCACCAUCAAUUUUAGUAAAAAAAAAGUUGUGAUAUUAUUUGUGUGCUGCAACAUUUAAAAAGAAUGAAAACCUCCCAUGUGCACAGAAAUACAUAUUCUUUUAGGCCUGAAGUCACAAUACCAUAUUGUAUUUGUUACUCUGCAAGGAAAUCUUAGUUGCACUUUUAUUUUGAAAUAAAUGUCUUGCCAGUGUUGUA